AUGGAGCACAAUGAUAACUGGGUUCCAAGAGCAGGUCGGAAGAGAAAGCUGGAAUCACAAGAUAAAGGGAUGCUUAACUUCUCCUUGGAUGAGCUCAAUGAAGACCUUCUUGAAAGGGUUCUUUCAUGGCUACCUACCUCUUCAUUUUUUCGUGUUGCUUCGGUGUGCAAGAGAUGGAAAUCAGUUUCAGAUUCUGCAAGUUUCAAGCUUGCCUGCUCUGAGAUUCCUUCACGAGAGCCAUGGUUUUUCAUGGUGGAUCCCCAUCUUAACCAGUCAACCAUCUUUGACUCUGCUGAAAGAAGUUGGAAAAAACUCAACCAUCCGCCACUCCUCCAGCGAAGCUCUAACUGCGAUUCCAUGCCUGUUGCAGCGUCUGGUGGCUUAGUCUGCUUCCACAAUGAAGCAUGCAAUUUCAUCAUAUGCAAUCCUGUGACAGGAUCCUGUCGUGAGCUCCCUCCAGUGCAUCCAGCCCAAGAAAACGAGCCUCUUCUCGCUGUAGCAAUGAAUUCACAGAAUAAUCAGUCCUAUAAGCUUGUAUUGGUCUCUGGCGAACUACCAAGACUUUCAUGCAAAGUCUAUAAUUCAAACAUUGGUUGCUGGGGAGAAGAGAUCUUGUUGAGAAGAAAGGUUGACGAGUCUCAGGAAUUUGAUUUAAAUGAUGACAAUGCUGUGUACUUCCUUAGUAAGGCUGGAAACGUUGUGGCAACUGAUAUGCAGAGGAGCCCAUCUAAGCAAUACUCAUCAGUUAUAACUGUUAAGGACGGAGAGGAGAUUGUUUAUUUCCUUAGCUCCUCAGGUACGAUUGUUUCUUGCAAUCUGACCACCAAGUGCUUCUCUGAGUAUCCCAGACUACUGCCUGUCUUUUGUGAGUACUCCAUCGAUGUGGUGGAGUGUAAAGGAGAGAUGCUAGUUAUUGUGUUAUCAGAGUUUUUUGAAAGCUCAAACCUCAGGAUCUGGAGGUUUGACGAGGGUACUCGAUCUUGGAAUCAGAUUGUAGCGAUGCCUCCAGCAAUGUCACACGAGUUUUAUGGCAAGAAAGUGGAUAUAAACUGUGUUGGAGCCGGUGACCAGAUAUUUAUCUGCUUGAACUCUGCAGAGUUUUUUCGUUAUGUCCUGUGUGAUUUGAGAACCAAUGAGUGGGUUGAAUUACCAAUGUGUUUGAAGAAUGGUGAAGCUAUAGAGUUCAUGUCUGCCUUCUCUUUUGAGCCAAGGAUUGAAGCUUCUGUCUAA